ACCACUGUAUAAUGGCGGCACCCGGCGAAAGCAAUAGUACUAGCAUCCGUAGAGGCAAAAAUAGUAAUCCUAAAACUCGAUUGCGUCGAACACAGAGUGUUACUCGUGUGCAGGAUGUAAAUGAACGGGAAAAGAGGGAACGAGCUGUUCAACCAGAUAACCCGGUACACGAGCCAAAGGAUUCUUUGCUAAGCUUUUCAAGUGGAUAUACGAACUACAGAGGACUCCUAAAUUUGUGUAUUAUUCUUCUGGUUCUCUCUAAUGCCAGAGUUGCCUUGGAGAAUAUCAUUAAAUAUGGGAUUCUGGUUGAUCCUGUUCAGUGGUUCAAAGUGUUUAUGGGGAAACCAGCAAAUUGGCCAUCGGUGUUAAUAGUACUAGGUCUUAAUUGUUUCUUUCUUUUGUCUUUCUUUGUUGAAAUCCUCUAUUCAAAGAAUAAACUCCGUGAAAUAACUGGAAGGGUCAUUAUAGUGACCAGUCUUUCUGCUGUAAUCAUCUUUCCUGUUAUUAUAGUCUUCACAACCAAUUGCAACCCAAUUGGAGCAUCCGUUGCUCUUGGCUUUGUGAGUAUCACAUUUCUAAAACUUGUGUCAUAUCACAUGGUGAACUUUUGGUGUAGAGAAGACAGAAAUCAGACAGAUACAAGUCGUCACAAACGACGUGGCUCCUUUGGCUUAACUGUGUCAAGCACUGCAAAUGGGCUGAUUGGACUACCACUGGUUACUUAUCCACAGAAUCUCAAUUUAAGAGAUCUAUAUUACUUCAUGCUUGCUCCAACGCUUUGUUAUGAACUUAAUUUCCCAAGGUCAGCCCGUAUUAGGAAAAGAUUUCUUUUAAAAAGACUGGUUGAAAUGCUCUUCCUGCUCCAACUGAUACUAGGGUUGGUACAACAGUGGAUUGUUCCAAUCAUCAGAAAUUCCUUACAACCCCUGAAAGUAGUACCAAAUCACUUGAUAUGGUUGUUGUUUUUCUACUGGUUUUUCCACUCUUGCCUCAACGCUGUUGCUGAAAUUCUUCGCUUUGCUGAUAGAGAAUUUUAUCAGGAUUGGUGGAAUGCAGAAACUGUUAACUAUUUUUGGCAAAACUGGAAUAUCCCCGUCCAUCGCUGGGCAGUUCGUCAUUUGUACAAGCCGCUUGUUAACAGAGGAUUUAGUAAACACCAUGCUUCAAUCAGUGUGUUCUUUGUUUCAGCUUUUUUUCAUGAGUAUCUAGUCAGUAUUCCGUUGAAUAUGUACCGGAUUUGGGCUUUCUCUGGGAUGCUUGGACAGGUUCCAUUUGCAAUGUUUGUGUCUCGUUUUCUCCACAACCAGUAUGGAAACAUGGCAGUAUGGGUAUCCAUCAUUAUUGGACAACCUCUAUGUAUCCUGAUGUAUUACCAUGAUUACUAUGUUAUCCAUUAUGGAAGUCUUGAGGCUGUUUCCUGAGAAACUAUUCCAGAUAUUUCUUGAAGAUGCUUAGCAUAUUAAAUGCAUGCUAAUGUAUAUUUUAUUUUGUAGCUAGCUUUACAUUAUCAACUUUGGCUUACUUUUGGACAAUCCACACAUGGAUGUAAUAACUUGAUCUUGUACAAGAUUUUGAGAGUUUAUAGUCCUGGUUUGUUUCGGCAAUAAUAGCAUCUGAUCAGGUGUUGACUUUUUUCACCAUUUGAUAAUAAAAACUUUGUUAGUUAAGUAAUAACUGUGGGUAGAGCUUAGAACUUCUACGUAUGCUUCUAUUGAAAUAUGCAGCCUGUCCACUUCCAAAGUCAUACAUAGUCUUGUUUUUUUUUUUUCUUUCAUGCAUAUUCUUAUGAGUUUUCUCGAAUCAGGAUUGAGCUGAGGUAAGCAAGAUGCUCCAAGAUAAAUAAUAUACCCUCCCGUUCUUACACCUACUUUUUAUUUCUCUUUCUUCCCUCAUAUUUCACACACAUUUUCGUUUCAGGAUGUCAAUGGGCAGUAUCAGGAAAUUUUACUCAAAUGACUUAGCUCGUUAGGCAAGUUUUUAGUUCAUUGAAGUUUAGGUCAUACAACAUAAUACAGCUCAAGUUUUCAGGUUACUGUUAAAUACACUGCUGUAUAGCAAGGGUUUGGAGAAAAGCAGUAAAUCUACUACUAUUUAGAUAAUCAGAAUCUUCUCUCAAACCACUGGCAGAUCCAAAGGGAGGAUAAAUCCCCGUGUUUAAGGGCCUACCAAAUAAGGGUACCUGUAGACCUAAAAGCAAGUUUUUUUUAAAAACUGGUGGAAGAACUCUUCCCCCACAAAAAAAAUUGGAUUCCCCCACCACCAUGCAAUUGUGAUAGUUUUGGAUGAAACUGUUGAAAAAAAAGAACCUAAAAGUUAUUUAAAAGCUUUUGUCCUUGAUUGUUUUGCCUAAGCCAAUGAGUGCAGUUUGAGUGUUAUUUGAGUUUCUUGUUUCUAACAGAUCUAGCAUUUAGAUACCAAUGGCACAUUAGUAAACUGUACUUAACACCAUGUUUCUUUUCUUUGGUUGUUGUUUUUUUCAUUUGUUUCUAGAUCAAUUACAUGUAAUAUUUUUACUGGUAGAUUUAACAGAUCCCACUUAAGAAAAAAGAAGGCAAUAACAGUAAUGUGAAUAUAUUUUAAAUGUUUGUUCCAAUAUAUAUUUUUAUUGAAAAAUCGUGAACACUAUAAUGAGUAAUUAUUAGUAUAUUUUUUCUUUUUAUCAAUUUUUUUUAUGAUUUCUUUACCACAGAUUUUGAUAUAUUUAUUAUAUUUGUAAAAAUAAAAUGAAAAAGGGAUAGAAAUUACAGUGUUUGAAAACUUGUGUUCCUGAUGAAAGUUGUAUUUGAUUAUUUGAUGUGCCAAGAGCAAUACUUUUUUCAGCCUCUUUUCAUUAGAUUAAGGGUUAAGUUAGUUAGUGGUGGAAAUAUUACAUUUUAGCAACAAAAAAAAUAUUAUAAGAGCUAUCUUACAUAUAUCAGUGGCAAGUCAACUAUGUAUUUACCUCUUAGGAUGGCUUUUUACAAAGAUCUUUAGUAAUUUUAAAUUUCAUGUUAUCAUUUCUGAAGUGGAGACUUUUAGGAACAUGUUUAUUAGAAAAAUAUGUACAUUAAUGUUUUAUAGUGUGAAGAAAUUAUGGCCCAUUAGAAUGAAGGACUAAACCUUGAGAGGGUUUACUGCUGCGAUAAAUGAAACGAUUCAAUCACGUCUUUUCUUCCUGACCAUUGUUUGUGUCCAGUAGUGCUUCUUCAUUAACAAAAUACAGUUCACAGUUUCAUCUUUAUCUUAGAUAAAACUACAAAAAACAACUUUUGUCAGUUUAAGUUUUCAGGUUAAAAUGUAAUAAACAUGUUUUGGAAAAACGAAAAAUUUAGAUAUAACAUAGAAUGAAAUGUUUUACUGUGAAUAAAUUAUUUUAAAAUAUCCUCGUAUUACCAGAUUCUACUAGAUUCAAAUAUAUACUUAUACAGAAUCCAAUUCUGUUUAAUUUGUCUCUUUAUAUUACUCUAAAGUUUUUUGUAGUUCUACCAGAAUCAGUUUAAAAAAAGAAAGAAAACUAUGUAAAUACAUUAUAAAGAAACUUUGUAAAGAUAAUCUCUAUCAAUGUUAUUUUUAAGUCUAGUUGACAUAAAUACUCCUUGUUGUUACCACACGUAAGAUUGUUUAAAAGCACUUAAAUCAAGUUUGCAUCAUUAAAUCAAUUUAAAAUUUAUUAUCCUAAGUAAAAAUUUAUUUUGAGCAAGAUUUUGAUACUAAAAAUAUUCAACUGAAGUAUUUUUGUUAAAAAAAAAGAUAUACACUCUUCGGCUAAUAAAAUUUUAACAAUUGAGAUAUUGAAGAGGUAUGGUUUUAUAUGAGAUGUCGGAAAUAGCACUUAGAUUUGCAGUGAAAAUUAAUUUGUAUUGAUACAGAUGCAAAGUAUGUAUGGUAGUUUUAUAUUUCAUAUAAAUGAAAAGUUAUUGAAGCUUUGAUGUUACAGUGAAUAAGACGUUCAGAGUUUCAAAUCAUGAUUACUGUGAAGAAAAUUGGUGUGCAUAUCAAAUAAAACUGUGUUUAAAACAUAAA